AUGUCCACAAGGUUUGGGUUGGAUGAGUUGGCUGCACAGUCUGUUGUCAGCACUUUGGCCUCUUUCGCUUUCCAGUUACCAUUCUCUGUGGGCAUAUACUGUUCCACCAGAGUCGCCAAUAUCAUUGGAGCCAAGUCUUUAGAUUAUAAGGUGGCCAUUAAGGUGAUGUUGAGUGUGGCUUGUUUUCUUAGCAUCCUCAACUUUUCCUGGAUGGUGCUUCUCAGACAUCCGUUGGCCAGCCUGUUCAGUGAAGAUAAGGUUCUAAUUGAUAGGGUCUGCCACUUGUUCUUGGUAGUUGGAUUCAACCAGUUUCUUGACUGCAUUAACAUCAUUUGUGCUGCCAUUCUCCGGGGGCAAGGAAGGCAGCGCGUGGGUUCUUGUCUCAGUCUUUUCAGCUACUAUAUCGUUGCUACACCCUUUGAGAUAUUGCUAGGCUUCUAUUUGAAUCUCGAGGUAUUUGGCUUAUGGCUUGGAUUGGCUCUGGGAGUCAGCUUCCUAUCACUAAGUGAACUUAUAGUGGUAAUCAAAUCAAACUGGGAUUUGAUAAUUAAGAAAAGUGCCGACAUCGCAUAA